AUGGAGCAAAAGCAGCCAACCUCAACUACCGCUGAACCGGCCGCGACGUCGGUCCAGAUCGAAACGGUCGUCGCCGACGCAAACGACGCCAACACCACCGAGCGAUCGCUGACGCUCUGGCAGGCGCUGAGACUGUACCCCAAAGGCGUCAUGUGGAGUUUUGUCAUGUCGACGGCUGUCGUCAUGGAAGGGUUCGACACCAAACUCUUGGGCACCCUGUACGCGCAGCCGACAUUCCGCAAACACUUCGGCGUGCACGCUAAGGGCGACCACUGGGAAAUCACGGCGGCGUGGCAGGCCGGGCUCAGCAACGGCUCCAUCAUCGGCCAGCUGGCCGGCUUGCUCGUUGCGGGCUAUCUCUGCGAGCGCUUCGGGUUCAGGAGGAGCAUGCUGGCGGGAUUGACGCUGAUCACCGGUUUGAUCUUCAUCAGCUUCUUCGCCAAGUCGCUGGUCAUGUUGCUCAUCGGGCAGAUUCUGUUCGGUGUGCCGCUCGGCUUCUUUCAGACCGUCAGCGUGAUAUAUGCGCUCGAGAUCGCACCCAUGUGUCUGAGGGCGUAUUUGACCAACUACGUCAACUUCUGCUGGGCAUUUGGCCAGAUCCUCUGUGUCGGGGUCUUGCGAGCCCUACUCAACCGCACAGACCAAUGGUCUUAUCGAAUUCCCUUUGCUCUGCAAUGGGUUUGGCCCGUCGUGCUCAUUCCCCUCGUCUAUCUCGCUCCAGAGUCGCCGUGGUGGCUUGUCCGAGCCGGCCGCCUGGAUGAGGCGAGGGCCAGCGUAAAGCGGCUGACGUCGACGGCCAAUGCCAAUUUCGACGUCGACAAGAACGUGGCUCUCAUGGUCGUCACCACGGAGCACGAACGAAACAUGGACGGCAGGACGACGUACUAUGCUUGCUUUUCCAAGGGCAACCUCAAGCGGACCUUGAUCGGCAUCGGCAUCUACUGCGUCCAGACGCUGUCGGGCAACCCGAUACGUGGAUCGUCGACGUAUUUCCUGCAGCAAGCAGGCAUGUCUACCUCGAUGAGCUUCACGAUGAGUAUUGUUGGGUACGCGGUGGCGAUCCUGGGCGGUUUCUUCUCUUGGCUUCUCCUCCCGCUCUUUGGAAGGCGGAGCAUCUACGUCAACUCGCUCGUCCUGAUGUUCUUCCUGAUGAUUGUCAUCGGCAGCCUCGGGGUGCCCCAAGCCUCACACCCGGCGUCGUCGUAUUCCUGGGCCAUCGGCGCCAUCCUCAUCGUCUCAUCGUUCCUCUACAACUGCUCCAUUGGCCCGCUCACCAACACACUGUGCUCGGAGAUCCCCUCUGCGCUCUUGCGCAGCAAGUCCAUCGUCCUGGCCCGCUGGACGUACGCCCUGACGAACAUCGUGGUGUCGGUCCUGAAUCCGUACAUGCUCAACACGACGGCGUGGAACUGGUCGGCCAAGUCGGCCUUCUUCUGGGCAGGAUGGUGUGCGGUGGCGGUGGCGUUCGCGUUCUUCUGUGUGCCCGAGACGAAGCAUCGGAGCACAGCCGAGUUGGAUCUUCUCUUCGAUAUGAAAAUCAGUCCCAGAAAGUUUCAUUUGACGACCGUGGAUCCAAUCGCGGCGAUUCGAACGGACAUGGAAACGCGGGAGAUGCGCAGGGAAACGACCGUCUGA